CCCGGGCUCCAGUCCGGCGGCGGGAGGCCUGGGGCGGCGCUUCGGUUUGUGGGAGCCGCCGUGGUGUGAAGGCGCGAGGCCGGUGGGAAGGGCCGGGCCUUGUAGUCUCCUCCUCCGGGUCUGCGGCUCCCCGUCCCAGAUGGACAGGGUGUGCGCCGUGUUCGGAGGCUCCCGGGGCAUCGGCAAGGCGGUGGCCCGCUUGAUGGCCCAGAGAGGCUACCGACUGGCCAUCGUCGCCCGGAAUCUGCAGGGGGCCAGAGCCGCGGCCGGGGACCUGGGCGGUGGGUACCGACCGGGGGCGCCCCGCCUUCGCGCGGCGAAUGUGAACCGCGGCCGGUGCGGGUCCGAGAAGCCGUCGUGGGCGCCCUCCUCCCCGGGCCGGUCAGGCUCACCGCGUGGGGCGCGGGGCAGUGCGUGCCGCAGGAACGUCACCGACGGCUUCACCGAAGUGAUUACGUGGGCCGCUGGAGAUCAUUUGGCGUUGAGCUGUGAUGUUGCCAAAGAACAUGAUGUUCAAAAUACAUUUGAAGAGAUAGAGAAGAACUUAGGUCGAGUUAAUUUCUUGGUAAAUGCAGCUGGAAUUAACAGGGAUAACCUCUUAGUAAGGACAAAUGCCGAAGAUAUGCUAUCUCAGCUUCAUACUAACCUCUUGGGCUCCAUGCUGACCUGUAGAGCUGCCGUGAAGACAAUGAUUAAACAGCAGACAGGGUCCAUUGUGAAUGUGGGAAGCGUUGUAGGUGUAAAAGGCAGUUCUGGCCAGUCCGUGUACAGCGCCAGUAAAGGCGGGCUAGUUGCGUUCUCACGCGCUCUUGCUAAAGAAGUAGCAAGAAAGAAAAUUAGAGUGAAUGUAGUUGCGCCAGGAUUUGUUCAUACAGAUAUGACGAAAGACUUGAAAGAAGAACAUUUAAAGAAAAACAUCCCUCUUGGGAGGUUUGGAGACCCCAUUGAUGUGGCCCAUGCAGUCGUGUUUCUUUUAGAGUCUCCGUACAUUACAGGGCACGUCCUGGUGGUGGACGGAGGCUUGCAGCUCACCAUGUAGCCGACUGAUACAGCUAUUAUUAGAGUCAAGGGUACACACUGUUAUACCUGCAUUUGCUAAUCAAACCUACUGAUGCUACAAAUGUUGAUUUCCAUCUUUAUGUGAAUAUGUCUGUAGAGGACAGUAUGUGACCAGCCGUGCUUUCUAAAUGACACGUACCUUCCAGGCUGCAGCAGUGUUACUGUGUAGUCGCCCCUCGGUACCCACAGGGAUCUGCCCUAGGAGCCCCAGAGUCUUCAGAUGCUCCGGUCCCUUACAUACCGCAGCCUGCAUAGUAUUUGCAUAUAACCUACGUAUACUUUAAAUUAUCUUUAGAUUAUGCAUAAUACCUAACACAGUGUCAAUGCUGUGUAAAUAAUUGAAGUACAGUGGAAAUGCAGUGUAUUUUUGGAAUUUGUGGAAUUUUUUUUUAAUAUUUUCUAUCUGUGAUUGGUUGAAUAUGGAUGUGGAAGUCAUGGAUGCAGAGGGCUGACUGUAUAGGCAUUUUGCAAGUGAUAUAAACAGAUGUUAUCUUAAUUUAUACAUUUUGUGGCAAAAGUGGGAAAAAUUAUGUGGUCUAAUUGUCAUUAGUUGUUUCAUUGUAUCAGGCUGAAUACUCCAGAAGUUAACCCUGGAGGCCAUUGCCAAAGUAAGAGUAUUUACAGGGCAUGGGUAGCUGUCAAUACCUUAGCAGCCCUGCUGGAGUUAAACAUUGUAUCCCUUUUUCCCCUCGGACAGUCAUUUGAUUUACAGGUUGAAAAUGAAUGUGGAGUUUGGUUUCUUUGAGCUCCUCCUUGAGCCACUGGGCACAAUAAACUGCAAGUGCAGGUGUGGACGGUUGACCCAUCCUGUGGAAAUUCUCAAAGAUAGUGAGAGUUAACCCUUACUGUUUUAAUACCUGGUACAGUUGUGAGCUGCAUAGAUGUCAUCAACUUAGGAAGUGGAAGUGUUUUGUUUUGUUUUUUUAAAUGCACAAAAAUAGUUUAGCAGGCUACUUAAAAACAGCAAUAAUAAUAUUCUUGCCUGACAUUUUAGAAAACUAAUAAUUAUGAACAACCAUAAAUAAGUAAAUGUGCAGUAACAGUGAGUUAAAUGUCUUUACAAGGAACAGGUUAAGCAUUAGUCUUAAAAGAAGAUGUUUGCCUGAGAUUAGAGAUGAAGACACAAACUGAGUGAAAACAUCAGAUGACGUCUACUUUGCGUUGAACUGUUUUGUGGGGAAUACUGUGAUCAUUUUAAAUGUCACUGGAUUCAUGUUGAUUUUUAUAAUUUGUCAUUUUAAAAUAUUUUAAAUAUUUAUUGCACCUUAAACAGCAAUCUUUUUACAGUUUUAUUGGAGCCGAAAUGAUUUUAUGUAAACAGAUUUAAUUUUGUAUUGAAAGUCAGUGCAAACGUAUUAAUAGGAUAUAUUAAAUAAAUGCAGAGUAAUAAAAGUGAAAUAACAAAGUCAAAUCUGUGUUCCAAAUCAAGAUUCCUGAUUCCUUAAAAUUCUUUUGCACUGAUCUUCAAAAUAGCCUUCUUUACUUCGAGAAGUCUGUUUAGGACGUGAGCAAGCCAGUUGAGUGUAAGUUACUAUUGUAACCGGACGGUCUGCUCACCGCAGACACGGCGGUGCACAGACCGCGCUCAGGCGUGCACAGUGCCCGGCACUCGCAGGGAAGCAGCGGUCGGGGCGGUGUACGGCGUCCUGCGCACAGAGCACGCGCUUCUCCAGCGCCGCCUGCCCGGAGGCCUUGCUGGGCGGCCACGGGCCAGCGCCCUUCUCAGACUCCCGUGUUCCAGACCCCGUGGGGCCUCCUCGGCUGGUGAUCAGCAAGGAAGCAGGUGUCACUGGAACGAAUGGCGCUGAGGUGUGGCUUACGGAUGGAUUUAACCUUCAAUUGUGUAUAUUCACACGUCAAGACAUGACCCCUUUUGAAGCGUCCACCCGCUCCCGCCCACAUCGAACUUCUGUAAGGUGGAGCGAGGCCUUAAACAGGUGCAGCCAGCCGCCCCCGCCCCGCAGGUGACGUCUCCAUCAGCUCUCACCGCCUGGGUGGGACGUGUUUCGUGCUCUCAUCCUGGCGCUGAAAUGGGUUGCCAGCUGUUGCUCAUAUUCAGAGAUUCAAGAACUUCAGCGAAUUCUUAACAAGAUAACUCAGCUGCAGCUCUUAUAUGGCUCUUAGGAGCCUGCAAUCCAGUCUGUGUUGAGUACUUGUUAGGAAGUGGUUUAUGGUUAAAGCCAGUGUUAACAUGUUUGCAUGGAACGUUUUUAAAUUUGUGCUUUUCAUAUUUUUUUAUAUUCAGUUUUUUAAAAAAUAAAUUU